AUGACUAACAAGUGCUGGGCUGGAUUAUGAGCUCAAGCAAGAGCAGUCGCUACAAUCGUUUCUCCAGUGGCACAACAACCAUCGCUGCUCAGGAAAACACUAACGGGACGAGAAUGGAAACGACCUUCGGGCCGGCCUACUCUGCCGUGACGACCAUCACCAAGGCUGACGGGACCAACACUUUCAAGCAGCAUCGUCGGACGCCGUCGUCCUCCAGCACGCUCACGUACUCCCCGCGGGACGAGGACGAUGGCAUGCCUCCGAUCAACACUCCACGUCGCUCCGACUCUGCUAUCUCCGUCCGCUCGCUGCACUCCGAGUCCAACAUGUCCUUGCGCUCAACGUUCUCACUCCAUGAGGAAGAGGAGGAGCCAGAGCCGCUGGUGUUUGCUGAGCAGCCGUCCGUGAAGCUGUGCUGCCAGCUCUGCUGCAGCGUGUUCAAGGACCCUGUCAUCACAACCUGUGGGCACACGUUCUGUAGAAGAUGUGCCUUAACAUCUGAGAAGUGCCCCGUGGACAACGCCAAGCUGACCGUCGUGGUGAACAACAUCGCGGUGGCCGAGCAGAUUGGGGAGCUCUUUAUUCACUGCAAAUACGGCUGCCGGGCCGCAGCCAGCAGCAAGCCCGCGGCCUUCGAGGUGGACCCCCGCGGCUGCCCCUUCACCAUCAAACUGAGCGCCAGGAAAGAUCAUGAAAGCAGCUGUGAUUACAGGCCAGUUCGCUGUCCCAAUAACCCCAGCUGCCCACCUCUCCUCAAAAUGAAUCUGGAGGCCCAUCUCAAAGAAUGUGAACACAUAAAGUGUCCCCACUCCAAAUACGGGUGUACGUUCAUAGGAAAUCAGGACACUUAUGAGACCCACUUGGAGACCUGCAAGUUUGAGGGUCUCAAGGAGUUCCUGCAGCAGACGGAUGAUCGCUUCCAUGAGAUGCAGGUGGCAAUGGCCCAGAAGGACCAGGAAAUUGCCUUCCUGCGCUCCAUGCUGGGCAAGCUCUCAGAGAAGAUUGACCAGCUGGAGAAAAACCUGGAGCUCAAAUUUGAUGUGCUGGAUGAGAACCAGAGCAAGCUGAGCGAGGACCUCAUGGAGUUCCGCAGGGAUGCCUCCAUGCUCAACGAUGAACUUUCUCAUAUUAAUGCUCGGCUCAACAUGGGCAUCCUAGGAUCCUACGACCCUCAGCAGAUCUUCAAGUGCAAGGGCACCUUUGUGGGGCACCAGGGCCCCGUGUGGUGUUUGUGCGUUUACUCCAUAGGAGACUUGCUCUUCAGUGGCUCUUCAGACAAAACCAUUAAGGUGUGGGACACCUGCACCACAUACAAGUGCCAAAAGACCUUGGAGGGUCACGAUGGAAUUGUACUGGCUCUCUGCAUCCAGGGGAACAAGCUGUACAGUGGCUCUGCUGACUGCACCAUUAUUGUGUGGGAUAUUCAAAACCUGCAGAAAGUGAACACGAUCCGAGCACACGACAAUCCUGUUUGCACUUUGGUCUCCUCGCACAACAUGCUGUUCAGCGGCUCUCUCAAAGCCAUCAAGGUCUGGGAUAUUGUGGGUACCGAGCUCAAGCUGAAAAAGGAGCUGACAGGUCUGAAUCACUGGGUGCGAGCGCUGGUGGCUUCUCAGAACUAUCUCUACAGCGGAUCCUACCAAACAAUCAAGAUCUGGGACAUCCGGAACUUGGAGUGUGUCCACGUGCUGCAGACGUCAGGAGGCAGCGUCUACUCCAUCGCCGUGACAAACCACCACAUCGUGUGUGGCACCUACGAGAACCUCAUCCAUGUCUGGGAUAUCGAGACAAAGGAGCAGGUCCGCACGCUGACGGGCCACGUGGGAACAGUCUACGCCCUCGCUGUCAUCUCCACGCCGGAUCAAACCAAAGUCUUCAGUGCAUCCUAUGACCGGUCUCUCAGGGUGUGGAGCAUGGACAACAUGAUCUGCACGCAGACCCUGCUGCGGCACCAGGGCAGCGUCACGGCCCUCGCGGUCUCCAGGGGCCGCCUCUUCUCCGGCGCCGUGGACAGCACCGUGAAGGUCUGGACGUGCUAGUGAGAGCCCCGCGCUGGUCCUGCACCCCGAGAGACCAACGCGUCCUCCCUCCGCUGCCUGCUGCAGGACUAGCACCACUACACGACACCACUGCGGCGGCAGCCACCGCCUGCGGCCUCCCGUGGCCACUGUGCCACCACAGGGACCCCGAGGGUGGCUCCCGCCACGGCCCAGGUGUCACUCCCAUCUGCCAUAUUUAUUGGGGACUGCAGAGAAGCUGCUCUGGUGCCGAACCUUCCUCCCCACCAGCUCCCUCCUCCGCACGGACGGGGACUGUCGUCGGGAGCGAGGGGCCAGCACGGAGCCGGGCGGCCUCGGCCGGCGGCAGGACUGAGGCAGGAGCCGGCCGGGAAGGGCUGAGCCCGGGGCUGCUGCUCCCUUGUACAUGGUAGAACGUUAGGCCUUGCCUGGUGGGGUCUCCAACCCUUUUCUGUCUCUCGUAUUUAAUUUUACUGCCACAAUGUCAGGCUGAUCCAGUUGGGAAGAGGUGUUUUCUUGAGUAACCAGGUACGAUUUUUAUGCCACAGCUAGUUCUCAAAUCAAGUAACACAAGUCCAUGGUUCACCACCCUGUAAUAAUGGUCUCCACAUUAAAAAGACUCCGUUGCAUUUUUACUCACAUUUUCUACUGUUUUUAAGAUUGUAAUAUAGAUUUGAUUAUUUCUUCAUUGACAAUAAAAGUGGAAAGAGU